GCGCGCGUCGCGGCUUCUACAUCGAUCAUUGGUCGCUUGAGAUCCGAUUUCGAAUAAUCUCGAUCCAUUGGUACAAACCAUGUAUCACUACGCGCGACCGGCGGAUUACGCGCACGAGAAUGCGCAUUGCGCAGCCAUAUGAAAAACAAAUGUCACCUAAUAAAAUUAAACCAAGGAUAAUUGCAAAUGUAAUGCUAAAAAGUAGUACAUCAGAGCCGAAAAAAUCUAAUGCGCUGCAAAAAAAAUUGCAAGACUUACGUAAACUGUAUGCUACGAAAAAAAAGAAAAGUGAGCAACUAGAAGCUGCUUUAAAAUCGGCCAAAGUUAAAAUCAAAGACUUAAAAUUGAUGAAUAAUAAGCUCACGGGAUUGAAUAUAGAAUUACAGAAAACUGUAAUUAGUUAUGUAAAACAAUUGACGGAUGAGGAAAAUAUGGUAUCUUUAAAGCCACACAAAAAUAUCAUAAACAGUGUUCCGGCAGUGGGUUACAUACGUGAACAUGAUAAGAAGAUACAUCUGGGCGAAGAAGUCUGGUUAGAAAAAACACAUUAUCAUUUGUGUGUUUACAUUUUGAGAAAGUCAUAUCAAUCAUUUGUUAAGAAUUUAGCACUUGCCAUUUUUGGACCAAAAUUGUUAAAAAACAGCAGUGUUAUCGGCUCUGUAUCACGGCAAAUGCCAAACAAGGCAGCUUACGAUCCCCGCACUCGAUCCUAUUAAAUUUACAGCCAUUCACAAUGCAUUGUGAUAUCAUAUGAGUGCCAAACACGAAAGUGUUGUGAAAAUAGACUUGGAAUGUCAAAAUGUUGGGCGUUACAUAGGAAAUAAAAUUGCUGAUUUACGGCGACCUCCGCGACGAUUGAAAGAAAUAGAGCAUGACACAAUUGAAGAAUGCGAUGAUGAAGAACAGGAAGCAUUGGAAUUCAUUUCUGAAAACGAAGAAAGUUUCGCAUCCGAUGAUGAAACUGAGCUGCACAAAGACAAUUAAAACCAAAACAUCGAUGAGGCUAAUCUCGAAUACCAGGAGCAACAAUUAGAAGAAUACCAGAGUGAAUUCGACCAAGAAGAAGAUGCAUACCGGAAGAUUGUAACUAUUGAUACGUGGGGACAAUUGGAAAAGAAAAAAAACAGUAUUUAAUAUAUUACGGAUAUUUAACAAUAUGUAGGUCCUGGCAAUACCUUAUAGUUGAUAGGAAAGUAUUUUUCUACUUAUGCUCAGUGAAAAAAAUUGUCGACAAAAA